AGCUGCGGGGGAGCGGGCGGUCGGCACCAUGUGAGAGUGCAACAGGCUGGUCCCCCACCCCUCCAGCCUGCUGCUGCGGGCGAACAGGGCUAGGAGGGGGGAUCCCGGGGAUGCAACCAGCCUCUCGCAAAGUAGCGGGGCCAACGGAGAGCCGCUCCUCCGGGCCAGGAGCUGCUGUGGUGGCUGCGAGACCGCUCGCUGCAGCAGGUUCUGAAUACCCUCCGGACAAUUAUCAUGGUUAGAUGAAGAUAACAGCUAUUUGUGCACUUAAGGACAGUCUUGGAAAUAACUGUGCAUUUCAUUUCAACAGAAAAGAGUAAGGUGGUCAGAAAUAAAGAAUGAGGAUGAACACAACAGUAUCUCAGAAGGGCGAAAGAACCAUAAGUACAGCUGAGAACAAGAAGAGAAGCUGAAGUGGGAGUAGGACAGUGCCAAAUGCUGUCCAAGAUUAGCAUUGAGCUGAGAGUUUGUUACAGGUUUGUUUCAUGGAAUCAGGGAUUUUUUUCCACCCUGUCUUAGUGGCUAAUGCAAUUUUUACCACACGAAAGAGUUAUGAGAGCCUGCAGUUCCUCACAAUUCCUUUCCACACUGCACAUCAGAGUUAAACAAGACCCUACUGCCUUUCUGAUUGCACAGGACAGUUUAUUGUGACUUUUAGCCGCUCUCUAAUUUUACAUUUUAAAGGCCGGCUUUACUCAUGCUAGUCUCAUAGAAAAGCAGCGUUGUCAAAGUCAAGCAAACAAUCACUAACCACACUUCCUGGAGCUGCAACUUAAACUAUGUCUGCCCUUAGCUUAACCCCGUUGGAAACCACAAUGACUCGCCCCCUACAUCAGUCGCUUCCCUACUUUCCCCAGGUCACAGGAGUUCUGGAGGAGUUUGACCAUAGCUCUUCCUUGGCCAACCGCAUGUCAAUCUACCAGGCAGCCAACAGGACAGCCUUCAACUGGACAGACAGCAGGAUUGUUGAGUGGGAGAAGUUUGCUGAGCUGGCCAAGUAUGAACCAGAGUCCCAGAAGCCCACAGUGAAAGCUCUUCUAAUCGUGGCAUACUCAGUUAUCAUCAUCAUAUCACUGUUUGGCAACAUGCUGGUCUGCCACGUGGUGAUCAAGAACAAGAGGACGCACUCAGCCACCAGUCUCUUCAUUGUCAACCUGGCAGUGUCCGAUAUUAUGAUCACUCUGCUCAACACUCCUUUCACUCUGGUACAUGAACCACCGUGCCCUGCUGAUGGUUUUGCUGGUUUGUUACAUUCCCUGCAGGUUCGGUUUGUGAACAGCACGUGGGCCUUUGGAAAGGCCAUGUGUCAUAUCAGCCGCUUCGUGCAAUACUGCUCUCUUCAUGUCUCCACACUCACCCUGACAGCCAUAGCUCUGGACAGACAUCAGGUUAUUCUGAACCCGCUAAAGCAAAGGAUGUCGCUCACAAGAGGAAUGCUGAGCAUUUCUGUUAUCUGGCUGAUGGCAACCUGCUUCUCCCUGCCCCAUGCAAUCUAUCAGAAGCUUUUCCAGUACAACUACCGGGAAGCUACUGUCCGGAGUUUGUGUCUUCCUGAUUUUCCUGAGCCUGCAGAGCUGGUGUGGAAAUACUUGGACCUUUCCACCUUCCUCCUCCUCUACCUCUUGCCCCUUUUGAUCAUCACCAUCACCUACACAAGCCUGGCCAAGAAGCUGUGGCUGCGCAAUGCCAUAGGGGACAUCACCAAGCAGCAAUACAUCAUUCACCACAAGAAUAAGAAGAAGAGCAUCAAGAUGCUGGUGUUGGUUGUGGUGGUCUUUGCUGUCUGCUGGUUCCCACUCAACUGUUAUGUAGUGCUCAUCUCCAGCCUUGGCAUCAAGACCAAAAACUCCAUCUACUUUGCUCUGCACUGGUUUGCCAUGAGCAGCACUUGCUAUAAUCCCUUCAUCUACUGCUGGCUGAACGAGAGCUUCCGCUCAGAGCUCAAGUCCUUACUCAGCAUGUGCCAGAAGGUGCCUCAAACACAGGACAACGUGUUGCCCACUGUGAUCAUGGCCUAUCGAGAGGCAUGGAUCGAGCAAGCCAGGUACAAGCAGAGGCCUUCCUCACAGAGCAUUCGCUCCACCACAAAUGUGCAGACAGUCAACACAGAUUUGUGAGUUGGAGAGUCAAGGAUGAAUGAAUUUUGCAUCUCUUGUGGGAAGUGCCGUGUCAAGCAACACUCAAAAGGAAGCACAGGAGAGAUCAAAGAGCAGAAUUACAUUUUUGAUCAUGGGGUUUGGAGAGGAGGGAAGAGAAUCUAAAAAUAUACACCCAUUCGGAGGAGAAAUAAAUGGAAUAAAAAGAGAAAAGGAUUCCCUUCAAAAGUUCUCCUCACUUUGUUCCCUGAAUUUUUGGACCUUUUCACAAAUCACAAUGAAACUAUUUAGAACUUUAUAAAAAUGUUUGACAAGAGCUGUGCAGGAAACAGAUGUUUCUCCCUUUUAUUGUGACUUUCAACCUUCACAUUUCCAGUAAAGAUCUUGUGCUUAUCUGAGUUAUUGCUCUGUCCAAAUGUAACUUUUUAUUUUUUCAAACAAAGCCAGUGUUGGAGAUUAAAGCAUCAGGGUCCUGUCUGCUCUGUAGUGACUGUAAGUCCCCCACGGAAGAUGGAUUUCCUGCAUCUCGCUGCUGUCAUGACUGUGUGAUGUUUCCUAGUUACCUCUUGGUCACUUGUGCAUAAUGACAUGGAGUUUCUGGCACAGUAAGAACCCAGCUGCUGUUCAAAGCUCCUGGAAAUGUUUCCUCAUCAUUAGUCUGGGAUUUUUAGUUAAUAAAAACAGAUAAUAAACUGUGUUCCUCGUUGGUCAAAUUGUGCAAGGAAAAUGGGCCUUAGAACAAAUAGAAAGUUUGUAUGUGUUAUGUGAAAUGAAUA